UUAGGUUGUCAUUGUUGCUUUUAUAAGUGUUGUUUCUUUGUUAAAAUGAAGGAAGAAGAAAAUUACGCCUGGGAGUUUGAUGAAAGCUUUGAUUAGGCCUGGUGGGGGUGAUGCUGGACCGUCAGAUGGUGAUCAGAUUAUCUAUCAUUGCACCAUUCGAACUUUGGAUGGAGUACUUGUGGAAUCUUCCAGAUCUGAUUAUGGAGGAAAAGGCACUCCAAUAAGGCAUGUUUUGGGCAAAAGCAAGAUGCUAUUGGGCUUACUAGAAGGAAUUCCUACAAUGUUGAAGGGCGAAGUGGCAAUGUUCAAGAUGAAGCAUCAGUUGCAUUAUGGUGAGGAUGAUUGUCCUAUUACCGCUCCUGAUGGUUUUCCUAAGGAGGAUGAACUUCAUUUCGAAAUUGAGCUGAUAGAUUUUUUCAAAGCUAAGGUUGUAACUGAUGAUUUGGGAGUCGUAAAAAAGGUAGUACGUGAAGGGAAGGGUUGGGAAUCUCCGAGGGAACCUUAUGAAGUGAAGGCUUGGAUAUCAGCAAAGACAGUUACUGGGAAAUUGAUCAUGUCGCAUACAGAAGGAGAACCAUACUUGUUUACAUUUGGAAAAUCGGAGCUACCUAAGGGCCUUGAAAUGGCAAUAGGAACAAUGGUUCGGGAAGAGAAGGCUGUUAUAGGAACAAGUCAGCUCUUAACACAAUGUCUUCAUGUUUUGACUAUUAGCUACACUGGCUUGUCUUUGGAAGCCUAUUCUGAGACUUGA